CUCUCACUAAAUCUGAUCCCAGCUCCACACUCCUCUCUCUCUGAAACCCUAAGCCCCACUCUCUCUCUCUCUCUCUCUGCAAGUCCAUCCAUGGCAGAAACCACACCUAAGAGACCCUAUCAAUCACCAAGAAAGCAACAAAAGCAACAAUUUUCUCCCUCAAUUUCACUGACUCCACAAACCCCACAAACCCUAGCCUCUUCAGGUACUCGCCGAUCUUCGCGUCGCCGCUCUCUUCUGGAAGAUCCCACCACUCCGGAAAAGCCCUUUUCAUCAAUUGAAAAACCCGUCAAUGAUUCGCCUAAAAGUUCAAAUCUUGGAAGAAAUGGUGAAGGAUUGAAGCAGAGGAUAAAUUUGAGUAAAGAAGAGAGAGGAGAAACACCGAAGAGCAAGAAAAAUGUUAAGGAUGAGAAUGUGAAAACCCCGAGAUCAAAGCGGAAAAAUGAUGAGUUGUAUUCAGUUGAGGUUAUGUUUUCGCCUGUUUCGCCUGAAUUAUCCGAGACAAAGAAGAAGAAAAGGGAGGAUUUUUGUGAAGAAAAGACUGCUGUUGUGACGAGAUCGAAGGCGAAAUGGAGAAAUGGGAAAGUGGAUGAUGGGGGGAAGAAGAAGAAGAGGGUAUAUUACAAGAAGGUGGUGUAUGAUGGCGGUGAAUUUGAGGUAGGAGAUGAUGUGUAUGUGAAGAGGAGAGAGGACGCGAGCUCGGACGAUGAAGACCCUGAAGUUGAGGAGUGUAGAGUUUGUUUUAAGGCUGGGAGAAGUGUUAUGAUAGAAUGUGAUGAUUGUUUAGGUGGGUUUCACUUGAAAUGCUUGAAACCACCAUUGAAGCAAGUUCCUGACGGUGAUUGGGUGUGCACAUUUUGUGAGGCAAGAAAAAUGGGGAAGGAGGUUGAAUUGCCUAAGCCACCGGAGGGGAAGAAGAGGGUUAGGACAAUGAGGGAGAAGCUUCUCUCGAGCCAUUUGUGGGCUGCCCACAUUCAGAGUAUGUGGAAAGAAGUGGAUGGAAACUAUUGGUGUCAUGUGCGUUGGUAUAUGAUACCAGAAGAGACUGUUUCUGGGAGACAACCUCAUAAUUUGAGGAGGGAACUUUAUAGAACCAACGAUUUUGCUUACAUUGAGAUGGAAUCUAUCAUUAGGCAUUGCUUUGUCAAGAAUCCCAAAGAAUUUUCCAAGGCCAGCAAUGAAGGGGAUGAUGUCUUUCUAUGUGAAUAUGAAUAUGACAUACAUUGGCACAGUUUCAAGCGCAUUGCUGAGAUUGAUAAUGAAGGGGAUGGCGAAGAUGCUGACAGUGAUGAAGACUGGAAUUUGUGUAAGGCUGCUGACUCUGAUACUGAUGAAGACAUGGAAUACGAAGAGGAAUAUGUGAAGAAUUUACAAACCAGACCUCCCACAGCUCAUGAGUUGGCUGCAAACUCAAGGAAGGGUCGCUUCUUUGGACUUCAAAAGAUAGGGACAAAGAGAAUCCCAGAGCAUGUGAGAUGCCAUAAACCAACUGAAAUAGAAAGAGCUAAAGCAACACUUUUGUUGGCAACUCUACCCAAAUCUCUACCUUGUAGAAAUAAAGAAAUGGAGGAGGUAACAACAUUUAUAAAGGGUGCCAUCUGUGAUGAUCAUUGUCUGGGACGUUGCCUGUAUAUUCAUGGUGUUCCAGGCACUGGCAAGACAAUGAGUGUACUUUCUGUUAUGCGGAACCUGAAGUCUGAAGUUGAAGCAGGAAGUAUAAGACCAUACAGUUUUGUGGAAGUCAAUGGUCUAAAGUUGGCAUCUCCCGAGAAUAUUUAUAGGGUUAUAUAUGAAGCAUUAAGCGGGCAUAGGGUUGGUUGGAAAAAGGCUCUCCAAUUACUGAAUGAGCGAUUUUCAGAUGGAAAGAAAAUCUGCAAAGAAGAUGACCGGCCUUGUAUUCUACUCAUUGAUGAACUUGAUCUUCUUGUAACCAGAAAUCAAUCGGUUCUUUAUAACAUUCUUGAUUGGCCCACUAAGCCUCAUUCCAAAUUGAUUGUGAUAGGAAUAGCAAAUACUAUGGACCUUCCAGAAAAGUUACUUCCUCGUAUUUCAAGCCGCAUGGGUGUACAAAGGCUUUGCUUUGGCCCUUAUAAUUAUCAGCAGCUCCAAGAAAUUAUUUCAAGUCGCCUUGAAGGAAUUGAAGCAUUUGAAAGACAAGCUAUAGAAUUUGCCUCAAGAAAGGUAGCAGCUAUUUCAGGAGAUGCACGUCGUGCUCUGGAGAUAUGCAGGCGUGCUGCAGAAAUUGCUGAUUAUCGUAUUAAGAAAUUAACUGUGAACCCCAGUUCUGCUUCUGCAGGAAAAGGCCUUGUUGCUAUGGCAGAUGUUGAAGCAGCUAUUCAGGAAAUGUUCCAGGCACCUCAUAUUCAGGUUAUGAAAAGUAGUUCCAAGCUGAGCAAAAUCUUUUUAACAGCCAUGGUGCAUGAGCUCUAUAAAACUGGGAUGGGUGAAACUGACUUUGAAAAGUUGGCAAUGACUGUUUCUUUUAUCUGUACAAGCAAUGGAGAAACAUUUCCUGGUUGGGACAUACUCUUGAAAGUGGGCUGUAAGCUUGGUGAGUGCAGAAUUAUUCUAUGUGAACCAGGAUCCAGGCACAGGUUGCAAAAGUUACAGCUCAAUUUUCCCAGUGAUGAUGUGGCUUUCGCGCUGAAAGACAGCAAGGAGCUACCAUGGUUGUCCAAGUAUCUAUGAUUUCAAGACUUCCAUUUUCAGAAUUUUCACAUUCCUAUUUCAAAGCAACAAUUUUGAUCUUUGGAUGUCGCCAACUUUUUUUUUUUUUUUUUUUCAAUUUACUUUUAAACGCGCGAUUCAAGUGCUUCUAUUAAAAAAAUGCCUAUUCCGGAUAAAAGGAAUUGCUUAAUUUGAGGAACUGCAUAUUUUCUGUAUUGAGGAAACCCUGAGGCUAGAAACAGUCAAAUAUGGAAAGUUGUCAUUUAUCUCA